GACUUACGAAGACCUAAAAAAAACACUUCUAAAGUCAGCUGUCAAAAGGGGAAGUGCAAAUUCUCCAAUUUAUUCUUGAAAUUAAAAUUUAUAGGCCGUGAAUAGCAAUCAGAAAUGGCCAUGGCAUUCCGCAACCUAUUGAGAAGCUCUGCCAGAAGGCUGCAGGUCCGCGGCUACGCAGCAGAGGCCCCCAAAGAGGGUGAAAUGGCUCUUACAUUUGCUGCUGGCAAUAAGGUUUUCUAUGACAAGCAAGUUGUGAAGCAGAUUGAUGUGCCAUCAUUCAGCGGUGCCUUUGGUAUUCUGCCCAAACAUGUGCCCACUCUAGCUGUUCUGCGCCCCGGUGUAGUCACAGUCCUCGAGAAUGAUGGCAAACAAAACAAAAUCUUUGUUUCUUCUGGCACUGUCACCGUCAAUGAUGAUUCAUCAGUUCAGGUUUUGGCAGAAGAGGCACAUCCCCUUGAAAACCUUGACAGGGGCGCUGCCCAGGAGGCCCUCAGCAAAGCUCAGUCCGAACUCAACUCUGCGGCUAAUGAUAAGGCCAAGGCAGAGGCCGCCAUCGCCGUGGAAGUCGCCGAAGAGAUCCUGAAGGCCGCGUCCGCGUAAGGCACCACGAGCGCAGUACCACAGUUAGUGUUAAAACUGUAUCUAUUUAAUUAUUUCAUAAUGUAUAAAUAAAAAAGUUACUUUCGGUAGAUCAA